CGUGGCGAGUGAUGCGGCGGCGGCGCGCGGCCCAUGUCCGGCGAGCUGAGCGCCGACCAGCUGCAGCAGCUCUACCUGUGCAGCCUGCUGCUCGCCAGGAAGCGUGAGCAGCCGAUCUUCUCGUGCAAAGCGCACGUCUUCCACAUCGACCCCAAGACGAAGCGGUCGUGGAUCUCGGCGUCCAGCGCGGCGGUCAGCGUCUCCUUCUUCUACGACUCGACGCGCAGCCUGUACCGCAUCAUCAGCGUCGAGGGCACCAAGGCGGUGAUCAACAGCACCAUCACGCCCAACAUGACGUUCACCAAGACGUCGCAGAAGUUCGGGCAGUGGUCGGACGUGCGCGCCAACACCGUCUAUGGCCUGGGCUUCUCGUCCGAGGCGGAGCUCAACAAGUUCAUCGAGAAGUUUCAGGAGGUGAAAGAUGCGACUCGUCUGGCAGCAACCAAAGCUCUGGCCAACGGUGCCGCAACAGGUGCGACACCUGUCACCUCCGCCAACGCAUCCCCCGUCACUGCCAGGGCCUGUGCCACAGCCUCUGCUGCCGCCGGGUCCCACACUCACCCUAUCGGGGACGGCCCGCUGCUGGAACCACCGGCCUCCUCCAACCCUGGGCCCGGAUCCACAGUCAACUCCGUGGCGGUUUCAGCACCGCCGGGAGCGGUAGUGGCUGCUGCGCCCUCGUCCGGACCAGUGAACAGUGGCCACAACCAGAGCCAUAACCAGAGUCACAACCAGAACCAGAACCAGAACCAGGUGGGCGACACCAAGAGCCACCAGCGCACCCAGUCCCUGCCGGGGGGCGGCGGCGCCCUGCAGGCAGGAGAGAGCCCCAAACAUCAGCCAAAGUCUGGAGAUAAGAGCCCAGCUCCUGUGUCUGCAGCAACACCCGCCAUUGCUAACCUGCCUCCAGAAGCACAACUUAAAUAUGAAAAUGAUAGGCUGAAGCUUGCUCUAGCACAGAGUUCUGCUAAUGCAAAGAAGUGGGAGGUGGAACUCGCGACUCUGAAGAGCAACAAUGUCAGAUUAACAAGUGCCCUCCAGGAAAGUACAGCGAAUGUUGAGGAAUGGAAGCGGCAGUUGCAUUCUUACAAAGAAGAAAACCAGAGGAUUAAAACUAAGUACAUAGAGCUUGAAGCAGCAAAAGGAAAUGCUGAUGCAGCAGCAGAACUGCGAAAAGAACUACAAGCUCUAAGGCAACGAGUGGAGACCUUGGAACAUGAGUUGAAAGUGAAAGAUGAUGAAGUGAAACGCCUCGGAAAGCAGCAGGCUGCACCUGACCAACAGUCACGCUCCCAGGACGAACGUAUCAAGAACCUACAGCAGGAGAACGCCGAGCUGCAGGCGGCUGUGUCGCUGGCACAGGCGCAGCUGGAGACGGCGCUCGCAGCCCAGGAGUCACAGCGCCGUGUACUGGACACACUGAAUGCACAGCUGGCGGCACAGCUGGCUGAGCUGGCUGGCAUCCACCGUGAGAUUGCCACUGCCCUGCAGACCUGAGGGCAGCCCCCCGCGGCCCCCGCCCCCCCGAGGCACCCCCACUGGUCCUCCGUCUGACGCCGGGCUCCUGGGGGAGGCGACCGGCAUCUGGCUCUGGAGCUGGAACUGGGACUGGGUGUGGAAGACGGACGCCGGCAAUAACGACAUUUCCGUGUUACAGUUUAUUUUUGAGGGAAAAGUGUUAUUGAGCAAUGGAAGAUUAAAAACACAGAUAACCUACUACAUUGUUUAGUGAUAAAAUAAUUUUUUGUUUUUACAAAUCCAAAUGGCAUCCAGAUGAGGUUGCAAGCUAUGUUCAGUUUCUUUCUUUGUUUCAAUUAUUUAAUUGAUACUUCUCGUGUGAAAUUUUGUGGUAUGAUCUGUGAAAAUAUAGACUCUUGAACUAUAUGCAGUCAUUAACCGAAAGUGUUGUCCUAUAUAUAUAUAUACACAUAAAGGGAAAAAGUGGGAAAAUGUAUCAAAAUUUGUUAAGAGGUGACAGAGUUUUAAAUGCAUCGAAAUCUGUGUGUGUACCUUCGUCUCCUACAUUUUUAAAAUUAAGGUAAAGACAGUGCAACUAAUCUAAAGGCGUGUGGUGAACUGCAGGUCCGUGCUGAAUUUUAGCAUAAGUGUUUUGGCAGGUAGAUCAAUUUCUACACGUUAACUUUAAAACUUAAUUCUGAGUGUGUUUCAUUUCUUCUUUUGUUCUCAGCAGUUACUUGUGAUCAAUUCAAUCUUAAUCUGGAAACACACUGAAUUUAUGAAAUGUGGCACUCAAAAAUCGUCAGCAUAUAAUAUUGGAUGCUGGUGAUAAGCUACAGAGAAUGUUAGAUUCCACACAGUGCCUCAUGAUGUGAGGGUAAAUUCAUGUUUUCACCAUUUUAAUGUGUUUGCAUGUGUACCGUAUCAAAUGUGGAAUGAAACUCUUUGAAACAGUCCAUGAAACAAGUGUUUAAUUGCAUAGCUGGGAUUACUUUUUCGUUCCAAAUAUUACUCAUUUACUAAAAAAAUCAGAGCUUUGCAUCUGGAGCUAAAAUUAUUGCAUUUUAGAUAGACAUCGUUAAUCUAAAUACAUGUUUAACUCGGAAAGUGGAAUUACUUCUCCAUUCUCAAAUAAAGAAUCAUGUAUAAUGUUGAAAAUGGCAGUGCAUUUUCUUGACUGAUUGAGACCAAGCUGAUAGAGUUCACAUUGAACUGUACUUUUUAAUAAUUGGCGACUGACCAUGAAGAGCACAAGACUUUGGAAAUGCACAUGUUUGAUAUCCCCCCCCCCCCCUUUUGUGGCUUAGCUUUAUUUUCCAUUAAAACUGAGAGCAGAUGCCUAUUUCGAAUGCACCCUUCCUGAGUCCUAAAUUUUUGUGCCAUAGAAAAGUGCCGCUGUCUCGGCGUAACAAAAAUAGAUUUUCGUGCUGGAUUUAAAAAGCGUGAAGCCACAUAUGUAGCUUCUGACAUUAUACACAUGUACAAAAUAUUGCAGAUUUCUUUUUUACACUGAAAUGUUACAUGCAAAGAAUGAAUGUUUUCCUCAGUAUUUGCGUGACUGACACUCUGCACUUGCAUGUGUGUGUUCUAAGCACUGCCCAUUCAAGACUUCACUAAAUUGUAAUCAUUUUUUAAAUCAGACUUUUAAAAAUCUGAUAAGUGGGUGGAUUUAAUGUAGUUGUUAUGUAAUUGUGCAACAGAUUAUUUCCCUUGUUCAGCAAGAUAUUACCAAAGGACAAAAUAAAAUGCUAUCUAUGUAAGUAUGUGCUUUCAUAUAAGUGAGACAGUGAUAGUUUUUAAAUAUUUCUCAAUUGACAAGAUAAGAAGGCAGAAGAUAAUAUUGCUUGGUGUGACUGUCAGCUUUUCACCGUACAGCUAUAAUCUGUAUACUUUUGCAACAACUCUGUCAUCGCAUCAGCGGCGUCCGUCAAGGUUUUUGUGACAGUGAUGCACUUGAACUGAAUUUGGUCUUCUGAAGUCCUCAUAAAUAUUUAUUAUGCUGAAAAAGUAAUUUCCAAUUUUCUUCUCUGAAUAUCAGUGUGAGGUCUAUUUAUCAAUUUCUUGGGAAAGUUGUUCUAAACAUUUAUCUAAUGAUGUCAAAUUUUGAGAGAUCAGAAAUAAUGUCCUGCAACCAGUUGUCCUAGAACUCGUUAGAUGGAUUAGAGGGUAACAAACUUGCACUUAAAAUUAGUAGAUUUUCAGCUCGUUCCUGUAACUGUAUUAGGAACAACUAAUAAAAGUCAAAAAGAACCACCACACUUAACUCCCUUGUCCUGUUGUAGAGAUUAAAUGUGAUGUAAAAUAUAAACAUGGGCAGUGCCCAUGCUGAAAACAUAUGUCGAUAUUUGUGCUUUAUUUACCUGAAAGAAAAUUUGUAAAACUAUGUUACUGUUGUAUCCUGUUCAAACAUUAUUCGAGUGAAAAUGAAUGAACUUUGUUCAAAGAGAAACUUUUUUAAAGUGAUGAUUGUUCACAAAUGUAGGAACGCAGUUAUAUAGCAUAGAAAUUCCUAUAUCACCUAUGAACUUUGAUGAUGCAGCAGGCUUUUUCUUACAAUUGUAUUCGAUUUCUUAGUGCAUUAUGUUAAGUUUACAGGUAAGAUAAAUUUUGUUUUUGUCAUAUUGGCAUUGCAAUCUAUAGAAGACUGAAACUAAUAUUCUUUGAUGAGAGAACAGGAUGUAGUUAAGUAUUGCUCAAAGCUUUUUUGUGUUUAAGUUGUUAAAUGAUUCUUUUUUAAUCUCCUGGAGAAAAAAUGUUGCACACAGUUUAUUUGAGGCUCUCUGAAGUUGCAGUUUGUAACAGUAUUUGUGUUUGGGCACAAUUGUUUUUUCUAAUCAGUGAUAUUUUCUGGCUGUCUCUACUGAGAGUACAGCUAAAACAAAACUUACAGCAAUGUCUCAUAUUUUAAUUGUUCAUUGAUUUUUUCAAUAUAAAUUUUUAAUUGUAUUGAAAUAAAUUGUGUCAUUUAUAAAUAUUUUUAUCUUGAUUAAUCAUUUUUGUAGCAACAUAAGACAUCAGUUCAGAUUCGUAGUGAUAUGUUACCAAAUCCCAUUUUAAGGGAAGUAAACCAAUCCUUGGCUAAGGAGAUAAAAAAGAAAACCUUUCGUCUGAAUGUGUAUAGAAAGAUAAUGUGAGAUUGUUAGAAAUGUAUAAGUUGAUAUAAAGUAAUGGUGCUAUAUCAUAAAAAUCCUGUUUUUCUUUUUUAAUGUGAGUGGAAAUGACGAAAAGGCAAACUUACAAAACUUAAUAGUGGCUUCCUUUUCACUCUAAGAGUAGGUGUAACCCACACUUUUUUUGUGACCAUGUGCACAAUUCUUAUGUAAAAAUGACUUAACAAUUGGUUGUACAUGUAAGAAGGGAGCCUACUAACAUCUAUGACAAUGUUCCAGCAGAAAAAUCUGAAAUAACUUCAGAGUCACUGAAAUAAAAUAAAAAAUGAAACUUAA